GAAUUGUUUUUGUCGCGAGCGGUUGAUGUGAGCGGGCGUUGCGCAUUGAAUAUUUUUGUGUACGUUUGUUUCUUUAAGUAAACGCCAUUUGUGUGAGUGUGUACGCGCGUACGAUAGUGUGCGCGCCUGUGGAUGUGUGGGCUUGCAUGCUAACGAGUUGUUUUUUGCGCCUCUGUACAGUUAAUAUUCAUAUUUUGCUGUUAACCGCACUGCACUUGAAGCAAAUUAAAUAAGCGCAAAAUGUUGCCGAAACGUGUGCGAUAAAAGUGAAACGGAAAAUAAAGCCAACAAAAGUACAACACCAACAACAACAAACGAAGAAAAUAAAGAAACAUAGUGCAGGGCCAGGCCAGCAACAAAGACUGCGCGUGCCUGUCUCUGUCUCUAUCUGUUUCCGUGUGCGUGCGUGUGUGUGUGCGCGUUUGUAUAUUUGUGUGCGUUCGCAACAGAUGCUGCAAACGCUACGAUUUAAGUGUAUGUUGUUGUUGUGCAAAGACAACAGCAACAGCAACAAGAGCAACAACGACGAAUAAAACGACAACAACAACCAUCACGAAAGACGUCAUCAUCAGCAACAACAACCAUGUUCAAGUGCAUUCCAAUUUUCAAAGGCUGCAACAGGCAGGUGGAAUUCGUGGACAAACGCCACUGUUCACUGCCCCAAGUGCCGGAGGAAAUUUUACGGUACUCGCGAACCCUCGAGGAACUCUUUUUAGAUGCGAAUCACAUACGGGAUUUGCCAAAGAAUUUCUUCCGAUUGAAUCGCCUGAGAAAACUGGGCCUGAGUGACAAUGAAAUCGGACGCCUGCCGCCGGACAUACAAAACUUUGAAAAUCUGGUGGAGCUCGAUGUUUCACGUAACGAUAUACCCGACAUUCCCGAUGACAUUAAGCAUCUGCAGAGCCUGCAGGUGGCCGACUUCAGCUCGAAUCCGAUACCGAAACUGCCAUCGGGUUUCUCGCAGCUGAAGAACUUGACCGUGCUGGGCCUGAACGAUAUGUCGCUGACAACACUGCCAGCCGACUUUGGCAGCUUAACGCAGCUCGAGUCACUGGAGCUGCGCGAGAACCUGCUCAAGCAUUUACCCGAAACUAUUAGCCAGCUGACGAAGCUGAAGCGCCUGGAUCUGGGCGACAACGAAAUCGAAGAUUUGCCACCAUAUCUAGGCUAUUUGCCGGGCCUGCAGGAGCUCUGGCUAGAUCACAAUCAGCUGCAGCGACUGCCGCCAGAGCUGGGGCUCUUGACCAAGCUAACAUAUCUAGAUGUCUCUGAAAAUCGGCUGGAGGAGCUGCCCAAUGAAAUCGGCGGCAUGGUUAGCCUGACCGACCUGGACUUGGCACAGAAUCUGCUCGAGACUCUGCCCGAUGGCAUUGCCAAACUGAGCCGUCUGACCAUACUGAAAUUGGACCAGAAUCGCUUGCAGCGCCUAAACGACACACUCGGCAACUGCGUAAACAUGCAGGAGCUGAUAUUGACAGAGAACUUUCUAUCGGAGCUGCCCGCCUCGAUUGGCAACAUGACCAAGCUGAGCAAUCUGAACGUGGAUCGCAACGCGCUGGAGUAUCUGCCCCUGGAGAUUGGGCAGUGCAGCAAUCUGGGCGUGCUCAGUCUGCGCGACAACAAGCUGAAAAAGCUGCCGCCCGAGCUGGGCAACUGCACGGUGCUGCAUGUGCUCGACGUGAGCGGCAACCAGUUGCUCUACUUGCCCUAUUCGCUGGUCAAUCUGCAGCUGAAGGCGGUCUGGCUGUCGGAGAAUCAAUCGCAGCCGCUGCUCACCUUUCAGCCGGACACGGAUGCGGAGACGGGCGAGCAGGUGCUCUCCUGCUAUCUGCUGCCCCAGCAGGAAUACCAGCCCAUCACACCAGAUUAUCCACCUCAAGCGCUUUAUAGAUCAAGCGAAAAGUUCGAUUCGAUGGAUUUCUUCAGUUAUCAACAGAAAGCACGCGACAUGGAAUCGGACUCGGAGCCGUACGAGGAGCGUGAGCCUUCGCGCACCAUUGUCAAGUUCUCGGAGGAGGUGCCCCAGGAGAAGGAUACGCCGUUUGUGCGCCAGAACACGCCGCAUCCCAAGGAUCUCAAGGCGAAGGCACAGAAACUCAAAGUGGAGCGCAGUCGGCACGAGGAGAACGCCAAUUUGGUGACACUGCCAGAGGAGAAUGGCACCAAGUCAGUCGUGACAGAAACCCCCGUUGAGCCGCGCACUGUGGUCAAUAAUCAGCAACAGGUAGCCGUGACAGCAACCAAUAGCACAACUGCUGCGCAGCCGGUGCAGAAACCAGCUGCGGUGGUGGUGAAUUCGAAACCCGCUGCGGUCGGCGUCAUUUCACCAACACAAACGGUUACAAUUGCAGCAGCGCCACCAACCACACAGGGCGACUCUGGCUCAGCGAAGGCCAGAACCAACGCCGGCAGCGACAUGGCAGCAGCAACAGUUGCCGAUGUCGCUGAUGAUGAAGAUAAAGAUGAAUAUGAAACCGACCGUCGUGUGGGCUUUCAGGUGGAAGGCGAAGACGAUGAUUUCUACAAGCGGCCACCCAAGCUGCAUAGACGCGAUACGCCACAUCAUCUAAAGAACAAACGUGUGCAGCAUUUGACCGAUAAGCAGGCAAAUGAAAUUUUAGCCAAUGCCUUGGCCUCGAAGGACCGCAAUUCGCCAACGCCACAGCACUCGCUGACCAAUGUGCAGUCCCCCAUCGAGGAGAAUGCCGAUGCUGAGCAAUUCGAGCAAGAGCAGGAGCAACAGCAACAGCAACACCAACAACAGCAACCAUUCGAUAUAUCGCUCUCCCCAAUACCAGCUCCCAAGGCCGAAGCAGCAGAUAACAUUGAUGGCGUGACGGAGCUGCGCCUGGAGCAGUACGAGAUACACAUUGAGCGCACCACGGCGGGCUUGGGCCUGAGCAUAGCCGGUGGCAAGGGCUCGACGCCCUUCAAGGGCGAUGACGAUGGCAUUUUCAUAUCGCGCGUAACCGAGGGGGGUCCCGCCGAUCUGGCCGGCCUCAAGGUCGGCGACAAGGUGCUCAAAGUGAACGGCAUUGUUGUCGUGGAUGCGGAUCAUUACCAGGCUGUGCAGGUGCUCAAGGCCUGUGGCGCGGUGCUGGUGCUGGUGGUGCAGCGCGAGGUGACACGCCUGAUUGGCCAUCCCGUGUUCAGCGAAGAUGGCAGCGUCUCGCAGAUCUCUGUAGAGACACGCCCCCUGGUGGCCGAAGCUCCAGCUGUCACACAGGAGCGCUACAUUCCGCCGCCCAUUCAAAUAGUUCCAGAGCAGCUGCAGCAGCAGCCAGUGCAUCAGUUGCAACAGCUGCCACCUGCCCAUGCACAUUCGGCCAAUGUGUUUGCCACGCCCUCGUCAGCCACGAAUGGCAUGCUGCAAGAAAAUGGCAAAGUAGAUUUGGCGCCGUUGAGCUUCAUUCAAUUGCACACGACGCUUAUACGCGAUCAGAUUGGGCAGGGACUAGGCUUCAGCAUAGCCGGCGGCAAGGGUUCACCGCCAUUCAAGGAUGACUGCGAUGGGAUUUUCAUAUCGCGCAUUACCGAGGGCGGUCUGGCGCAUCGCGAUGGCAAAAUCAUGGUCGGAGACCGUGUGAUGGCGAUUAACGGCAACGACAUGACGCAGGCCCAUCACGACGCGGCUGUUGCCUGCCUCACUGAGCCGCAGCGGUUCGUGCGGCUCGUCCUACAGCGCGAAUACCGCGGCCCACUUGAACCGCCACUGAGUCCGCGCAGUCCCGCCGUGCUCAACUCAUUGAGCCCGUCCGGCUAUCUGGCCAAUCGACCAGCAAACUUUGGACGCUCUGUUGGCGACGAGCAGCCCUACAAGUACAACACACUGGCCAGCACGCCGGCGGCAACUGUGACGACUGGCGUCGUUCAUAAUAACAACAGCAAUAGUAAUACGCUGCCGAGCAAUAAAACCAACGGAUUUGCAACAGCUGCUGCUGUCAAUGCUGCUCCAGCUUAUGCAACAGCUGCCACAGCCGCAGCUCCAGCUCCAGCUUCAGCUGCGCACAUUGACAAAUCCACGGGCCAGCCGGUGCCAGCGCCACGUCGCACCAACUCAGUGCCUCAUGCUGAUGGCGAUGGUCCGGUUAAUGGCGCCGCGUCCACCAGCAGCGGCGACUCUGGCGAGGCUCAGCCCUCAUCACUCCGGCCGUUGACCAGCGAUGAUUUUCAGGCGAUGAUUCCGGCACAUUUUCUCAGCGGCGGCAGUCAGCAUCAGGUGCAUGUGGCACGGCCCAACGAGGUGGGCGUCAGCGCUGUCACCGUGAAUGUUAACAAACCGCAACCAGACUUACCCAUGUUCCCAGCCGCGCCCACCGAGAUAGGUCGCGUCACCGAGACCAUCACCAAGUCCACAUUCACGGAAACUGUGAUGACGCGCAUCACCGACAAUCAGCUGGCGGAGCCAUUGAUCAGUGAGGAAGUGGUGCUGCCCAAAAAUCAAGGCUCACUCGGCUUCAGCAUCAUCGGCGGCACGGAUCACUCCUGUGUGCCAUUUGGUACACGCGAACCGGGCAUUUUUAUUUCACAUAUUGUGCCCGGUGGCAUUGCCUCGAAAUGCGGCAAACUGCGCAUGGGCGAUCGCAUAUUGAAGGUAAACGAGGCAGACGUCUCGAAGGCCACACACCAAGAUGCUGUUAUGGAGCUGCUGAAGCCCGGAGAUGAGAUCAAACUCACCAUACAACAUGAUCCGCUGCCAGCAGGUUUCCAGCACAUAGAAGUAGUUUAUAUAAACACAGAGGAAAUUUUGCUUGCCAAGGCCGAAGGUGAGCGCUUGGGCAUGCACAUUAAGGGCGGCUUGAAUGGACAGCGCGGUAAUCCGCUGGAUCCGUCCGACGAGGGCGUCUUCGUGUCUAAAAUUAACUCAGUGGGAGCAGCACGACGCGAUGGAAGGCUUAAGGUGGGCAUGCGUUUGCUGGAGGUCAAUGGUCAUUCGCUGCUGGGCGCCUCGCAUCAAGAUGCAGUCAACGUUUUGCGCAACGCUGGCAAUGAAAUUAAAUUGGUCGUCUGUAAGGGCUACGACAAAUCGAGUUUAAUGCAUUCCAUUGGUCAGGCAGGCGGCAUGAGCACCGGCUUUAACUCGUCUACAUCCUGCAGCGGUGGCAGUCGUCAAGGUUCUCGGGCUUCAGAGACGGGCUCGGAGCUUAGUCAAAGUCAGAGCAUAUCCAGCUUAGAUCACGACGAUGAGGAGCGUCUGCGACAGGAUUUCGAUGUAUUCGCGUCACAGCAGCCAGACAUUGCUGCCAUGCCAGAGCCCACCAGCCAAACAGGCUUAGCAGCAGCCGCUGCCCUGGUGCAUGGGUCGCCAUCGCCCAUACGUACAACACCAACGCCACCCGCUGGCUCGAUGAUGAGCGCAGAUGUGGGGCAGCCUGAUACAGUUGCCGCGCAAACUGUGGCGCUCAUUCACGCAGAACAAACCCAGCAGCCGCAGCCGCAGACGCAGGUGGCAACAAUUGGCCAGGAGAAGAGCACCCAGGAGAAGGUGCUGGAAAUUGUGCGCGCUGCGGACGCCUUCACCACUGUACCGCCGAAAUCACCAUCAGAGCAUCAUGAGCAGGAUAAAAUACAAAAGACGACGACUGUUGUUAUAUCGAAGCACACGCUCGAUACAAAUCCAACCACACCCACAACGCCCGCACCUCUGACGCUGCUGCCGGCGGAGUCGGCGACCGCUGCCGCGGCCACUGCACCCAUUGCUGCUGCACAGAGUCAGAGUCAGCCCCAGCCCCAGCCCCAGCCCCAGACUCAGACACAAACAAAUUCAAGCCAGCAGCCAAACCAGCAACAACAACAGCAGCGCGGCACACAGACACCGGAACGACUGGCACCCGGAGCGCGUUACUCAUAUCAGAAAAUGCUGGAGUCUCAAGAGGAGAGCCAACCCCAAGAGCCCACAACGCCUAAAAAAGCCGAGCCGGUGUACAUCAUCGACGAUGACGAUGAGGACGAUGACGUAGAUGCCAUUCCCGAGGAAGAGGAGUCCUCGCCGCCCAUCGACUUGCAGUCGCCUCCUUCAUACGCGGACACCGACUCUGAUUGCUUUGAGCGUCCGCGCGGCCGCUACACCAGCGACUCGGAGAGCGAUUGUCGACCAUAUAAGCCGUCCCGCUCGGGACGUAGCACGCCCGAGUAUGCUGGAGGGCAUCGAAAGUCUGUGAGCUUUGAUCUAAGUGGCGACGAGCGCUCCAAGUCGGACUAUGAGCGCUCGCGGUCUCGCACACCCGAUCGAUUCACGCGUGCCUAUGACUCGGAGCAGGAUACCCGCUCGAAGAUCAGCAGUCGCAUGCCUCGCAAGGGCAUCCUCCGUGCCACUAGUCCCAGUUCCUCGGCCAGUUCCACUCUAGAGCGCCGUCCAGAUCCUUUGCCGCCCAUUGUGCCGACCGUUGCGCGAAUACGCGAGGUUGAGUCUCCGAAGCUGCAGCAUGUCUCGCGUGCCACAUCUCCCGAUCCUCCUGAAGGUGAGCUGGAUCGCGAGAAUCCCUUCCGCCAGGUGCACCCCAGUGAAGACGAUGAGUAUACGCAAAUUGCCAGGGCAAUCAGUAUGUCGCCCCGUUCGCCGCGCAAUCAGUUCUUCUUUGGUGGCGCGCGCUCCAACGAGGAUCUGCUCGAGCAGUCGCCAUCCAGUGGACGUAGCACUCCUAGCACGGUCAUAUCCAAGUCGACAGAGAACUUGACGGGCACACGACCCAAAGUGCCGCCACCCACGCUGCCCAAGCCGCAGCUCAAGAAGGCCGAUUUGGUGCGCAACGUGGCCCUGGAGACGUUCCAGGCCACCGAUGUGGGUCAGGGUGACUUCGCGGUGUUCGAGCACGAUGCCAGCACCAAUACCAUACAUCAGGUGCCCAAGCUGCCCGUGCGCCUAGCCAGCAAGACGCCCCGGCCUCGUGAAAGCCCCCCGCCGCCGCCGGUGAACUUUGCCACAAUGCCCAAAUCGCCGUUGCCCAGGCUACCGUCGCCCCUGGUGGAGGAAUCUGCUUAUAUGGAGGCUCUGCCGCCGGCACAGCUGCGCCCACAUGAUUUCGUGCACGAGAACUCGCCGGACAACAUAUUGGUGACGCCAGAGCAGCAUCGCGACUUUCUGUUGCGCGAAAACGAGAUGAGAAAUCAGCUGCGUGCUCCCUACGAGCCGGCUCCGCCCAUACCCAUAGCAGGCAUCAGCGGUGGUGACAACGGCGGCAACAACAACAACUAUGCGCCGCUGCUUUUGGGGCCCGCGUCACCCACAGAAAUCUUUCCCACGGCCCAAAUACUGCCUGUGCAAUAUGCCAGCCUGCCGCAGCCGCAGCAGCCCAAUAAGCUUAGACUGGGCGGUGCGGCCUCGCAGCCACAGCCGCAGCAGCAGCAGCAACCGCAGUCUCAGACCGUUUUUAACCUGCUGCUGCUGCCCGGCGAUCAGCGCCAGGUGUCAGCUGCCGCCAGUUCCUCGCAAUCAGCUGUGCUUUUAGCCAGCUCAGCUGGGCCGCUUUAUCUGCAUGCGGCCAGCUCAGCCUCGUCGCCAGCUGCGUUACCGUUAUCACCUGCGGCCGAGAAUGUGCCAGCCGUGCUCUCACCCACGCCCACAAAAGUGCCUAAAUCGGUAUCCGACAAAAAACGAUUCUUUGAGUCUGCCAUGGAGGAUCAACACAAGCCCACACAAAAAACAGAGAAAGUUUUUUCAUUCCUGUCAAAGGAUGAAGUCGAAAAGUUGCGCCAGGAAGAGGAAAAGAAAAUUGCAACACUCAGUCGUGAUAAGAAAUCCAGAUUAUUAGAUGCCGCCAAUGACAACAUUGACAAGGACGCCGCCCGGCAUGCUGAUAAGCAAUCGGCUAACGCUGACAGCAGCAGCAACAGCAACAGCGAUGACAAUGAUGACGACGAUGACGAUGGCCACGCUGAUGAUUAUGACAGAGAGAACGCGAGCAUUCGCAAGGACGUCGUUGACAACGUUGUCAGGGCGCAGUUCGAUGAUGCGGAGGACAUUAGAACCGCACAAAAUCAAGCGCAGGCAACGCACGCGCCCAGCAAAAUUCCUAAGCAGCUGAAGCAGCAGCAGCAGCAGCAAAUGAAGGCAACGCCCACAGCGACGCCGCCCGGAGAUACACCCAAGCCCUCGCUGCUGCCCAAGCCAAAGGUCAAAGUUGUGAUGCCACCCGCGUUGCAGCAGCGUCUUUGGCAGCAGCAGCAACAGCAACAAUCACCGCCCCAGGAGGAGCCAACCAUACACGAAGGGGAGCAGUCUGCCACGCCUGCAAGCUCGAGCAGCCGCAUACCCGUACGCACACUGAAGGCAGAACGCCGCGCCCUGGCAGCAGCUGCACGCCAGGCCGGCCUCACCGUGGACGACUACGUCCAACAGUUGGAGCAGGCGGAGCAGCAAGAGCAGCAGCAGGUCGAGCGUGGCGCCGUUCCGACAGAGCCUGCGGUCAAGACGCGAGCCAUGAUGAACGCUGAGAAGCGCGCCUCGUGGCGUGCGGCCCGCCUCCGCUCGCUGGAACAGGGCGCCGUUGAGGCGCAGGACGUGAUCAAGAAUAUGCGCAAGAUGACCGACGAUUUGAUUACGCAUGAGUCCAGGCUCAAUGAGCCGAAAAUAGUCUUUCCGAAAAUUGCCAUUAAAUCGAGCGAUGGUCCGGUAAUCGUGCGCGAACGCGAGAAAAUACUCGAUGAGAAAAUUGUGAGACGCACUGAGGAGGUGCCCUGCCCCAUAACGGGGCAACCUCAAUUGCGAACCGUCGAGUACAUUGAGAAAAUCAUCGAGACGGAGGUGGAGACGUGCAAGGAGCGCAUCAUCUCGUUGGAGCUGCAAGUUCCUGAGGGGGAUGAGGGCACACUUGAUGAGACGCAGCCACCGCUGGAGCUGCAGGCAGCUGAUGAUUUUGCCGAUGAUGAUCACGAGGACGAAGAUGAAGAUGAUGAUGACGACGACGAUGAUGAAGAUGAUGAUGAAGAGGAGGAGGACACUGCCUCCAUUGUUACGGUGCAAGCGAAUAACGAGAAACUGUUCCUGCGCCACGAUGCGGAUAGCUAUGGCCCAUCGUCCAUUGAGAGCGUCUCGUCGGGCAAGGUACGCAUUAAAGCAGCACCACUGACAAUGCAUCAGACACUGGCCAAGGAGACGACCAUUGUGGAGGUGCUGAAUCCUGUCAUUGGAGGCGAUGGCAGCGCGCGAACUAUACAAGUGAGUGGCGCGCCCUUUGACAUAGAUGAGCUUGGGGGCGGCGCGACCUCGCUGCUGCGCAGCGAAACUUUUGUGCUGCCCAGUGGCGGCGGCAAGUCGGAGCUGUCAUUAAAUGCAAAGAUGAAGAAUGUGCUCGAGGAGCUGCUCGAGAAUGAGCGGGUUAAAUUGAAUUUGCAAAAGAGCCUCGAGGAGGAACGCGACAAUGACAAUGACAACUAUGAGGAGGAUGAAGCUGAAAAUGUCUAUGUAGAUGCACGCGAUGACGAUGAGAGCGCUUAUGGUGAUGCUAUGGAUGAUGUUGACUUUGCUAGGCCGGCGGCUAUGACCAAAGGCCAGAGCGACGCUAAGAAUGGCAAUCAGCAGGUGCUGGAUGCACUGAUCAGGGCCAGCAAUCGUAGCACCGUAAUUGAUAAAUUGGCCGGCCGAUUGGCAGCGAACGACGAGGACGACAAUGAUGAGGAGGACGACGACGAGGAAGAGGACGAGAGCAGCGACUCCUCGGACGACGAUAGCGAGGACUCCGAUGAGGAGGACAAUGCGGAGCAGCAACUGAACAUUGCCUACGUGCAGGGCGCGCAGGUCAUCGAGAAUCUCAACACUGGAGCUGAGGGCUGCAAGCUGCAAAAGUCACAGACUUACAACACCAUCAGGGAGGCCGAGCAUGAGGAUGACGAGGCGCCGGAGGAAGCAAGUGGAAAGGCUAAAUGCAGCAACACCCUGGCCGAACUGCAGGCCGAGCAGCGGGCUCUGGCCGAGAUCUCAAAACAGCUGCGCAAAUCCGUUGAGGAUUUGCUCAGCGCCGAUGGCGGCUCGGUGGUGGAAACACAGCGAACCUACACACUCCCAGCCUCCAGCGACAGCACCGCCGUCGUCACCGUCACCGAGGUGGUGAAGAAACAAACGAAAGCCGCACGCCAGUCGGCCGCUGGCGAAUCUGGGGAGGCUAUAUUCAAUCGGUUGCUCAGCAGCGGCGAGUCUCAGCGCCAGAUCUUCGAUGCACAGCAGGGCGAAACCAUCACAACCACCACAACGACCACAGAGGCGCUGCCCGCAACGGCAGCGGCCGCUGCUGCUGGUGAGCCGAGCACCAGUGUGGUAACCACAACGCGCACUGUCUCCAACAUUGUCACCAGCGGCAUACCGAGGCUUGAGGCGAGCAAGCAAACUGGUCGCAACACUAGCAACAACAACAACAACAACAAUAACAAUAACAACAACAAUCGUAGCAAAAACAAGCGCAAAGGCAAGAAGAAAUAGGCAAUAGUGAACUGCAAAUUGCGUAUACGACACAUGGUCUGUAUUGCAUUUAACUAGACGCACACGAAUAUUCUCACGAGCCCUCCACCAGCAGCCCCUCCCUACCCCCCCAUAGGCAUAGUCACAUAUCAGCGCAUCCAGAAGCAUUCAACAAUGUACCAUUAUAUAUAUAGACAUAUGAUGUAUGUAGGUUUGACGUACAUGUGUGUGUACCAUAUAUUAUACAUGUGUGUAUAUAAUUUUAAUUAACUGUGCAAAUAACUUGUCGUUGCAUUUAAAAAACACAUUUGUAACUAAUCAUAAAAACGCGCGCAAUACUAUUUAAAGAAAACACAUAGUUUUAUAAAUGAAAACAAUUUCAUAAUUAUUAAAUACAGAAACCCAGAAACACCAACAGCUUUUAACAACAUUUAAUUCAGCAAUCACAACAAACGCAAAUGAAAAUUUAUUAAAGCCCGAGUAACUAAAUUGGAAUGAUGGCAGUAAACAAAAUUUUAUUUAAUUGAUUUAAAUAAUUUCACUUUGUUUUGCUUGUAAUAUUCAUUUACAUUCCAUUUUUUCAUAUCAUGUCAAAAGCCUUUUUCGCAAUCGAAUUGAAUUAAAUGUUGCGUUUUUUUUAUUUUAGCACAAUAAAUGAGAAAUUAAAAUACAUAAAUUAUAAAAUAAAUACAAAACAAAAUCCCCGACGUGAACCGGUCAACUAUUACUUUGAUGCUCCCUUCGUGUGCAAAACUUUGAACUCCGAGCAUUCCGACUGUCCACUUUAAGUUGGGCAUAUUUAUGAUAAAUUUUAGCUCUAAGCGAUACUACACUAAAAGCAAGCAGCAAACAACUUUAAAGCAUAAUUCUUGAAGUAUAUAUAUAUAUAUAUAUAUAUAUAUAUAUUAAUUGCCUUGCACUACUCAGUGGCUGCUUAUCUUGCUGUUGUUGAUGCUGAUGAGCACGGAGCACAGCAAGAGUCAAAUAAGUCAGUUUCUCUAAGCUGUAAUUGUAAAGAUUCAAUGCGAGCAAAAUUAUAUGAUAUCUAUCUAUAUAAAAUGUGUUUAGUAUGUAAGCAAAACAAUAUUUUAUAAACUGACAAAAGAAAACACGCAUUGUUGUAAUGUAAUAAAUAAUUCAAUUUAUUUUUUAUUUUUAAA